AGUGAGCUGUAGAAGAAGAAAUUGAAACGAUUCUUAUUGAACUUACGGCGCUGGUAAAUAUCCCGUAAAACGACAUUUAUUUCCCUCAGCGUUUGAUUAAAAUACGUGAAGAUGUUGUCAGCUCAAGUGCAGACGUGGGGUUUGUCCGAGGGUUGCCAGUAGUUGUUGGGGGAAGUCUUCAUAUUAGUGUAAAGACACAUGGCGGCUCCUGUUCAAAGGUCACGAUGUCAAAGUGUGUGAGAAAGUGUCACCAACUCUCUGUCCUUGCUACACCGUGCCUCCUGUUCAGUGGGUUGUUCUGCAGCCUGCUCAAAGUGACAAGGAAAAGAACGGAUGCCGUAUUGUGUUUGCAGCGUGCGUGCGGUGCGGAGGCGAUAAACCACAUGUGACAUCGCAGCAGCAGACGCCACAAUUGAACAUUGUCCCAGCGAGUGUUCUUGUCUGCACCUCCACUCUUUUGCUGCUGUCUUGCAGCUUCUCACAGGCCAGAAUAAAGAAGGCAGCGGCUGAAAAAGAUCGCCUUAUCGUCAUGGCUGCUGUCUUUUUGUUGACAGUCUGGAGCCUCACUCUGCUGCUUCAAGCAGCGGCCUCCUUGUGCGGCGUCACCUGCUACACCGACUGCAAUGUCACCUGCCACACCGACUGCAAUGUCACCUGCUACACCGACUACGAUGUUCUGCUCAACUGCUCGUGUGCUUCUGUGCCGUCACAGGAGCUCCGCCUCCAGGUCAACUGCAGUGACGGAGAACUUCUCCUCGUGGUCAGCUGUCAGGUCAGGCCGCCUCAGUCCUGGUGCGUCAUGUACACGGAAGCUCUCUAUGACGUCGCCGCCGUCGGGACCGAGUGCACGGCGAGCGUCAAGCGUCGGGGAGGACCGGCAGACGACGUCACUGCCUGUCAAUCAUCCAGCUGGGCGCUGAGUGACGUGGUCAAACCUCGAGCACCUUCCAACGUGCGAGUGCUGAGCGCCGGGGAAUUCUACAACAUCACGUGGGAUGAAGGCAUCAACAGAACGGACACAAGCCUGGUCUACAGGCUGCGCAUCCGAGCAAACCGAGGCCUCUCACAGCUUCCAGAACGUUCCUUCCCGGUGGAUGAAAAGUUCCUCCUGUUGGAACGCAGGGAGCUGCCCCUCAAUGCGAGGUUGAGUGUGGAGGUUCAGGCCAAAAUGGCCCCAGGUAGCCCCUCUCAGGGUCCGUGGAGCGAGUGGAGCUCCAGGACUGAGUGGACAACAACUCCCUCAGACGCUGCAGGCCAAAAUGUUUUGGAUACUGAAAAGAAAAGAUCCUGGCUGUACGUCAUCCUGCCCGUCCUCCUCCUCACUGCUGCGCUCUUCUUGGGGCUCUCCCAGAAACCCUUGUUGCUGAAAAAACUCCAGCUGAGUACGUACGUGUCCAAGCCGCAUGACUUUUUCAAGCCCCUCUACCUCAACCACGGGGGCGACUUCAAGGAGUGGGUGAAGCCGGGGUUUAGUGAACAGGACUUCUUGGGCAGUAAGUCACACGUGGAUACGACCACCAAGCAGCAGCUCCACUGCCACCAAAGCCCAAAUGAGGUAGAAUCUGGAGGACGUCUCCUUUCUCACGUCCUCGCUCAAAACCGCACGCCACUGCUGGAUUUAGCGGACGGCGGCAGCGCGCAGAGUAGCGGGCUUUCCGUAGGACAUGUGUCCAUCCACACGGUCACUCUGUCUGGGGAGGAAGACUUUGACAAAGACACGUCACGGAGCUCGCUAGGAAGUGACGGCGGGUCUUCGAACUACAGAGAGCUGCUGGGCUGCCAUCACGUGUUCCAGGUGGACGGACUCAGCGGGUCGUUGCAAGAUGACCGAGGGAACAACGCUUGGCUCAGAGAACCCGAGAGGAUCUCACUGGCCUCCGACCAGAAGUCAGAGGACGGCCACCCUUGUGUGGACCUGGACACCGUGGACAGUGGUUACGUAGAGUGUGGAAGCCCCUCAGACUCCAACUCGGGAGAACCUCAACAUUUUGUACACGGGCAGCAAACAUCACGAUCCAACUACAUGAAACAGUGGAUGAUGUGUCGCACCGCCGCAGCAGAACAUCUGCAUUGAAUGUCUUUAUUCAUGGAGUGUAUGUUCCUAGUUGACAUCAUAAAGAGUGAAGAGACAGUUCAUACCACAAACCCCAAAAGCAGUGAAGUUGUCACCUUGUGUAAAUGGUAAAUAAAAACAAUGAUUUGCGAAUCCUUUUCAACUUAUAUUCAAUUGAAUAGACUGCAAAGACAAGAUAUUUCAUGUUCACACUGAGAAACUUUAUUUUUGCAAAUAUCAGCUCAUUUAGGAAUUUGAUGCCUGCGACAGGUUUCAAAAAAGCUGGCGCAAGUGGCAAAAAAGAGUGAGAAAGUUGAGGAAUGCUCAUCAAAGACUUAUUUGGAACAUCCCACAGGUGAGCAGGCUAAUUGGGAACAGGUGGGUGCCAUGAUUGGGUAUAAAAGCAGCUUCCAUGAAAUGCUCAGUCGUUCACAAACAAGGACGGGGCGAGGGUCACCACUUUGUCAACAAAUGCCUGAGCAAAUUGUUUUAAGAACAACAUUUCUCAAGCAGCUAUUGCAAGGAAUUGAGGGAUUUCACCUUCUACGCUCCGUGAUAUCAUCAAAAGGUUCAGAGAAUGUGGAGAAAUCACUGCACGCAAGCCAUGAUAUUACACACCUUGGAUCCCUCAGGCGGUACCGCAUGAAAAAGCAACAUCAGUGUGUAAAGGAUAUCACCACAUGGACUCAGAAAUACUUCAAUAAAAAACACUUUCAGUAACUACAGUUGGUCGCUACAUCUGUAAGUGCAAGUUAAAACUAUGCAAACCCACAGCCAUUGAUCAACAACACCCAGAAACGCUUCACUGGGCCCGAGCUCAUCUAAGAUGGACUGAUACAAAGUGGAAAAGUGUUCUGUGCUCUGACGAGUCUACAUUUCAAAUUGUUUUUGGAAACUGUGGAUGUCGUGUCCUCCGGUUCAAAGAGGAAAAGAACCACCCGGAUUGUUCUAGGGUGAAAGUGUAAAAGCCUGCAUGUGUGGUGGUAUGGGGGUGUAUUAGUGGCCAAGGCAUGGGUAACUUACACAUCUGUGAAGGCGCCAUUAAUGCUGAAAGGUACAUACAGCUUUUGGAGCCACAUAUGUUACCAUCCAAGCAACGUUACAAUGGACGCCCCUGCUUAUUUCUGCAAGACAAUGCCAAGCCAGGUGUUACAACAGUGUGGCUUCAUAGUAAAAGAGUGCGGGUACUAGACUGGUUUUCCUGUAGUCCAGACCUGUCUCCAAUAUGAAGGCUAAAAUAUGAGAAGGGAGACUGUUGAACAACUUAAGCUGUACAUCAAGCAAGAAUGGGAAAGAAUUCCACUUCAAAAAUGUGUCUCCUCAGUUCCCAAACCUUUACUGAGUGUUGUUCAAAGGAAAGGCCAUGUAACACACUGGUAAAUGUACCUUUUUUGCAAAGUGUUGCUGCCAUUAAAU